AUGGAUGCAAACAAUGACGAUAAUCUGUUAAGGAGUCAGGAGGAGGAGAGAAUGAGAGCUCUGGAAUUAGAAAAGAGGAACAGAGUGACAGACGAACACCUAACAGACAUCUGGACAGAAGCAGUGAAUUUAGAAGUGACAUACUCAGAUGAUGAGGACUGGAUAGACUCUGAACGUGAUAAUGAAAUCAAGAUCCAGACAGAUGAGAAGCAGCAGGACCUUGAGAGUGAGUUGGAGGAGAGCAUUGAUAAAGAACUGAGCCAUGGAGAGCACAGUGACAUAGAGAAUAAACUGGCAGAGAAAGAGGUUGAGAGAAGCCCAACUUCUAUGGCGGAGCAGUCUGGAAAAUCAUCAGUCCAAGAUGAAGAAAAUAUGGCAUCACAAACCCUACCUCCACGACAGGAUAAACUCACAGAUUCAGUGGAUGGGGAUCCCUUCUGUGAAAAGCAGGAAUAUUCAGAUUAUGACGGUGGGACGGAGUCUGAGAAGUUGAACAAUGAAGGUAAGAUCCAGAAAGGUGAAGAGAUCCAGACGGAGGAGGACAUUGACCACAAGUCUGAGGAGGACAGCAUAGUCGAAGAACUGAGCCAAGAUGAUCAGAGUGACAUUGACAUUGAGGCGGUACAUUUAGUGGAGGUUGAAAGCAACAUCAGCAGCUUCACCAAUAUGAGGAAACCAGCGGCAUGUGCAGCAGUCCAUGAGGACCAGUCUGGGCAACAGUCAGCAAAGCCAAAAGACAUGGCAAAGGGACAGAAGGAUGGUGAUAUGAAGGCAGAAAUAUUGAGGGUGGAAGAACAAGGGAAGAGAGUUCAAGAAAACAGCCAGAAGCAUAAGACAAAACAGGAGCAAGAGACAAUGGAGUUAAAUAUAGGCAGAGAAAGAAUGGAAGAAGAGAUAAAGAUGAUGGAUGCAGAACAUGAUAAAGCCAAUAUGUCAAGGAGACUGGAAGAGAAGAGUAUGAGUGCUCUGGAAGAAGAAGAGGAGAAGAGGAGGGUAGAGGAGGAAGUUGAGACAGAGAUGGUGAAAGGACAUCCCUCCCCUGCAGAGAAGUUAGAGUCUGAUGAUAAAGUCUUGAGAGUCCCAGAAGAAUGUGAAAAAGAAGGAAAGAAAGGCAGGAAUAAAGGCAAGGAGAUCCUGACGGAGGACAAAGAACCUAUGAUGAAGCCCGAAAAGACAGCACAUGCAAGUUCAGAGAAUAUUCUACUGAAGUCACCUUUACAAGGAGAUCACCUCUCUCCCAUCGUGGAAAAGGUGACGUCAAAACCUUUGCCACCAUUACAAGACAUGUGCAAGCAUCAGCUAGAUGAUGGUUCUAAUGCAGCAAUGGAUGAGGAAUGCAUGAGGAAGCAAAAGAAAAAGGCAAAAGACACAAGAAAAAGAAACAUACAGGCUGAAAAAAGGAAAUACAACGAGGUAAAAAGAUUGGAAAUGGACCGGGACGCAACGGAGAAAGAGAAAGAGAAGAUGGUUGAAGAAAAAAAGAAAGCCGAGCUGAUUAGGAAACUGGAGGAGGAGAGACUGAAGGCUUUGGCAGAAGUGACAGAAACAGACAAGGCAAAGGAACAGAAGGAUGGUGAUAUGAAGGCAGAAAUAUUGAGGGUGGAAGAACAAGGGAAGAGAGUUCAAGAAAACAGCCAGAAGCAUAACACAGAACAGGAGCAAGAGACAAUGAAGUUAAAUAUGGGCAGAGAGAGAAUGGAAGAAGAGAUAAAGAUGAUGGAUGCAGAACAUGAUAAAGCCAAUAUGUCAAGGAGACUGGAAGAGAAGAGUAUGAGUGCUCUGGAAGAAGAAGAGGAGAAGAGGAGGGUAGAGGAGGAAGUUGAGACAGAGAUGGUGAAAGGACAUCCCUCCCCUGCAGAAAAGUUAGAGUCUGAUGAUAAAGUCUUGAGAGUUCCUGAAGAAUGUGAAAAAGAAGGAAAGAAAGGCAGGAAUAAAGACAAGGAGAUCCUGACGGAGGACAAAGAACCUAUGAUGAAGCCCGAAAAGACAGCACAUGCAAGUUCAGAGAAUAUUCUACUGAAGUCACCUUUACAAGGAGAUCACCUCUCUCCCAUCGUGGAAAAGGUGACGUCAAAACCUUUGGCACCAUUACAAGACAUGUGCAAGCAUCAGCUAGAUGAUGGUUCUAAUGCAGCAAUGGAUGAGGAAUGCAUGAGGAAGCAAAAGAAAAAGGCAAAAGACACAAGAAAAAGAAACAUACAGGCUGAAAAAAGGAAAUACAACGAGGUAAAAAGAUUGGAAAUGGACCGGGACACAACGGAGAAAGAGAAAGAGAAGAUGGUUGAAGAAAAAAAGAAAGCCGAGCUGAUUAGGAGACUGGAGGAGGAGAGACUGAAGGCUUUGGCACAAGUGACAGAAACAGACAAGGCAAAGGAACAGAAGGAUGGUGAUAUGAAGGCAGACAUAUUGAGGGUGGAAGAACAAGGGAAGAGAGUUCAAGAAAACAGCCAGAAGCAUAAGACAAAACAGGAGCAAGAGACAAUGAAGUUAAAUAUGGGCAGAGAAAGAAUGGAAGAAGAGAUAAAGAUGAUGGAUGCAGAACAUGAUAAAGCCAAUAUGUCAAGGAGACUGGAAGAGAAGAGUAUGAGUGCUCUGGAAGAAGAAGAAGAGAGGAGGAGGAGGGUAAAGAAGGAAGUUGAGACAGAGAUGGUGAAAGGACAUCCCUCCCCUGCAGAAAAGUUAGAGUCUGAUGAUAAAGUCUUGAGAGAUCCUGCAGAAUGUGAAAAAGAAGGAAAGAAAGGCAGGAAUAAAGGCAAGAAGAUCCUGACGGAGGACAAAGAACCUAUGAUGAAGCCCGAAAAGACAGCACAUGCAAAUUCAGAGAAUGUUCUCCUGAAGUCACCUUUACAAGGAGAUCACCUCUCUCCCAUCGUGGAAAAGGUGACGUCAAAACCUUUGGCACCAUUACAAGACGUGUGCAAGCAUCAGCUAGAUGAUGGUUCUAAUGCAGCAAUGGAUGCGGAAUGCAUGAGGAAGCAAAAGAAAAAGGCAAAAGACACAAGAAAAAGAAACAUACAGGCUGAAAAAAGGAAAUACAACGAGGUAAAAAGAUUGGAAAUGGACCGGGACACAACGGAGAAAGAGAAAGAGAAGAUGGUUGAAGAAAAAAAGAAAGCCGAGCUGAUUAGGAGACUGGAGGAGGAGAGACUGAAGGCUUUGGCACAAGUGAAAGAAACGUUGAAAGCAAAAAAAGCUAUUCGAAUGUAAACACUAUCGGAAGGGCCAUCUUCCGAAUAAGAUAAUCAGAGACCUAAGACAAAUGUCAUCAUUCCAGAUACUCACAGUAUUGUAUUUGAUCUUCUUUCACUAUUUUUGACAAUUUGCCUUGAAGACACCCCACACUCCUAUAAUGAAAUAAACAAAAAAUAAAGUAUGUUUGGGCAAAAA